AUGGCAUUUGUCAUUAAGCCCUGUUUCCCGGAAGAUGCUCCGGGUCUUGCAGCGACCAUGAUGGGUGCUCGGCUCACCGAUCUUCACUGGAGGUGUCUCUGGGAUGACCCAUCUGUCGGACGUAUUAUUCCUGGGGCCAUCGAGCGCCUUCCUUGGAAUUUGGUGACCGGCACAGAAACCAAACGGCAUCAGAAAGUUAUCGAUGUCGAGACCGGUCAAGUAGUGGGGUAUGCGCGAUGGUGUCUCCCUCCAAUUUUGGCAAAGAAGGGCGAUGUUUGGCUGGAGGCACAGGUAGCCGAAGGGACUUCCGCCGACCGUGCAGUGUAUGAGAAACGGUACCAAGAGAACACCCGAAAUGGACAGCCUAUAGGCUUAAAAGGCGGGGAGAUGAUGCGUUAUCGCAGUGCGCCUCUCGAAGAAGCGGAUGCUCGAAUUGUGUCAGAUGGACCAUUUCUGACUCUUGAUUAUUUGACGACAGACCCUUCUUUCUGGCGCCGAGGCAUCGGGAGAAUGCUCGUGCAAAGUGGACUGCAAAUCGCAGAUCAACAAGGAAUAAAGACCUAUGUGAUGUCGGAACCGGCUGCACUGAAGCUAUAUCUCAGCCUUGACUUUCAACUGGUAGAUACGGUAUCGGUGGACUACUCCCACUAUGGCGGAACAGAGCCCAUGGUGGAGUAUUUCCUUGUUCGGGAGCCAUCUCAGGUAGAGUCCGUAGUUGCGUGA